AUGGCACUGCAGAUACUGACAAAAACCUUUGCUGCAUCCUUUUGGGGCCUAGCGCUGGCCCAAGGUGAGGUCUCGCAAGAGCUCCUGAACAGCGACGACGUUUGUGCCCCGGGGGAGGAGUGCGACAUUUCGCUUCGACAGCUUCGAGGCCUUGUGGUCGGCGACAACAUCACCAGCAACAGCAGCGCGGAGGGCUCGCUGGGCUCUUCUUGGGGCAGCUGCAGGCAUUAUGGCUGUCCAUCGUCGUACAAACGGCACCACAGGUGCCAGUGCAACGACAAAUGCCAGGGCUACGGCAACUGCUGCGCUGACUUCGCCAUCUGCAGUGCUAGAGCACUGCCAUCGCCGGCGCCCUCCUCCUCUUCAGCGACACACGCAGGAGCUGCUGCACCCAUCACUCCGGGCAAGGUGUCCGGCCACCCAGACCCGAGCAAGUCGUAUCCCUCCUAUCCGGGCUUUUCUCUGGCCUUGGUUGAGGAGUUUGACGACCCACUCGAUCUCGACAACGAUCCCAUUUGGACCUGGUCUGAUGGCGGACUCUACGAGGGUGACGUGCGCUUUGUGAAAGAGCAGAUCAGCUUCGAGGAUGGCAAGAUGAAGAUCACGGCGGCGCCAAAUCCUGGUAUCGCCACGCAAGCUUGCUCGCAUGCAGAGGUGGGCACAGUCGCGCACAAGCCCUUGGUAAGUGGCGAAUUCCGGUCCCGAAGGAACAUCUUCAGGUAUGGGCGCUACGAGGUUCGCAUGAAGGCGCCCGAGGUGCAGCCAGGAAACGCAGAUAUCGACGGGAAUUUCAUUGCAACUAUGUUCAUCUUUCGGGACGCCAAGUUCCGGCACUGGCGAGAGAUUGACAUUGAGGUUACAGGCGACCGGCCCAACUCCGUGACGACCAACGUGCUCCGCGCAGACAACACCGAGUGGUGGCGACCGAGCAUCGCCGCCUCCAGCGAGAGCCACGUACGUGGCAAUGCCAGGGCACAGUUCCACACCUAUGGCUUCGAGUGGCUCCCAGACAGAAUCACAUGGUACAUCGACGGAAAGGCUGUCAGGAGCCACUACGGCGGGCAUCCGCCGAUCCCAGACAAGUCGGCAAAGAUUAUGAUGAACUUGUGGAUCUUCGGCCCAAAGGCAGGGGCGAGUGCGGGUCGGAGUUUCGGGUUUAGAGCGCUAGACGACCAAACCCUACUGUAG